AUAAUUGAUGUGCAAAAUUGUUUUUUACAUGAAACAUUUAAUUAAAAGAUAGAUCCUCAUCUGCGUGAUAGGAAAGCGGCCUAUGUUUUGUUUGGUUCGGUGCGUGGUUGAAAAUACCUUGUUGAAUCUGAUAUUUUAACAAGUCCAGCGCUUAACAACGUUUUUAACCAAAUAUUUUGUAAAUUGGUUCUUCUCAUAAUGAACCAAGCAGAUGUUUCGAAGUUGGUGUCACAAUUAAGGAUAUCAGUUGCCGGUGGGCAACGCAAAUUAAGAAAUGCGGAUGGGCCAAAAGGAAGGUUACGAAAAUUACAAAAGACAGUGACAGCAUUGAUUAAACAUGAACGCAUUGAACUUAAUUACAACAGAGCAGAUGAAGCGCGGGGAUAUGCAGAACGUCUGGUCUCGGAGGCCAUACGCCACGGGGACUGCCACCGCACCACCAUGGAGCUGGCGGACUUCUGGCUGCUGGAAAAGCCGCUGGUGCACAAGCUGUUCAAGGUGCUGGUGCCGCGCCUGCACGCCUGCUCCGUGUCCUACACCAGGCUCUACCUGGCGCCCAGCAGCUGCCCGGACAGGCUGCGUCGCCGCGCCGUGCUGGAGCUCAGAGGUAACCCGUACCCGCCGCUCUCCCAGGACACGUCCCACAACAGGAACCUGAUCCACAACGUGCUGCUGGACGAGGCCCGCAAGGAGCACCGCCUGCGCAAGUACAGCGAGGUUGCCGAGGGUCUGGCGCCCGCCCCCAACUAGCCCUGCCCUGCCCAGCCGGCCUGUAUUAGGAUACGUCAGUGAUUCAUUCAUCAUACACAACUCGUUACUCAUCAAAUGAGUUUUCAGUAUGUUUUUAAAAUAAGUUUGUUUGGAUUGUUUCGAAAAUAAUUCAAAAAUAAUUUUGUCAGCAGUUUCUCAAGCAGGGUGCGUGGUUGUGUUUCCAAGAACACUUGAGAGGCAGCGUGUGGAGGACAUGAACCUGCAACUCGUACAUAUUGGAAGUUUGUAAAGUGUUCUCUCUGUGCCUGCCUGUUUUAAUAAAAGAAACAUUACAGUUA